AUGAAUUUCUGGGAUCUCCUCGAAGUGCUCCCAACCCUUUCUGCGGAUGGUAUCAGGGAGUUCUGGCAUCCGGCUAUGGUUCAGCAAGCUGAACGCAUAGAUCGUAGAAAGCUAAAUUCGAGUGAUGAGGCCAGGGUCCCCUCAUACCAAUCCCUACAGCCCUCAUUUCAGGAACUGUACACAUUGGCAGACCUUGAAACUGUGAAGCAACACUGUGAAGAACGGUUAAAUGCCAAAGAAACCGAGAUCACCGAGCUGCGACAGCUUCACGAGUGUCGUCUCAACAUGCUUUGGUACAAAGACCACAGCAAACAUACUGUCAGGAAAAAAGAGGUUAUACACUACUGA